AUGGAAAAUAGAAAUAUAUCUUUACCUCCUGGUUCCUUGAUUGUGCUUGCUCACAAGGAAAAAGAGAUCACCAAUGCUUUGGAGGGAGCUGGUGCUCAACCAUCGGAAGCCGAAGUUGCCCAUGAAGUGGCCAUGAUGUCUCGAACUAACAUGUAUAGGCCGGGAAUCGAUGUAACUCAGGCUGAGCUUGUUCCCCAUUUGAAUUGGAGGCGGCAAGAGAGGACUGAGAUGGUUGGAACCUGGAAGGCCAAGGUCUAUGAUAUGCUUCAUGUUAUGGUGAGCGUGAAGUCCAGGAGGGUUCCUGGUGCUAUGACUGAUGAAGAGCUCUUUUCAGUGAAUGAUGAUGAAAGGAUUGUUAAUGGGGGUGAACACAAUGAGGAUGGCGACAUAUUAACGCCAGAGGAAAGAAUGCAGUUGGAUUCUGCACUUUGCAUGGGGAAUUCACAUGGUUUUUGUGAGGACGAAGAACCUCAGGUUCAGGAUUGCCAUGAAAAUGGGGAUGGGGGUUCGUUUGAAACUUGUGAAUCCAAUGUUAUCUUCAAGGAGAAGAAGAGUUGGUUUGGUUGGAACCAGAAAGGUUCAAAGAAAGAAGGUGAUGAUCUCGAAGAUUCAAAGAUUCCACAGAAGUUCUCAAAAUUGGCUCCCGAAGGGAGCAAUGAACGACGCAAUGAUAGUCAAAGAUCAUUGUCUGAAUUUCCCAAGGAAGAUAUGGGGGAUCUUAAAAAGAGCAAAGAUAAAAGCACCAAGAUGAAAAAGAAAAAAGGGUCGGCAAGUGAGCCUAAGCAUGAGAGCGAGUAUAAGAAAGGUUUAAGGCCUGUUUUGUGGUUGACACCAGAUUUUCCCCUGAAAACAGAAGAGCUCUUACCCUUACUUGACAUCCUGGCCAACAAGGUAAAAGCUAUUAGGAGGCUGAGGGAGCUCUUAACUACUAAACUACCUCCUGCCACAUUUCCUGCCAAGGUUGCCAUCCCAAUUGUCCCAACCAUUCGGGUCCUUGUCACUUUUACAAAGUUUGAGGAGCUUCAGCCACUGGAAGAAUUCUCAACUCCUCUCUCCAGCCCUGUACAUUUUCAAGAUGCUAAGUCUAAGGAGUCAGAGGGGUCCACAUCAUGGAUUUCAUGGAUGAGAGGAAGCCGAGGCGAGCAAUCAAGUGACUGUGAAAGUCGCAGCUUUAGGGAUGAGAUUGACCCAUUCCGCAUACCAUCAGAUUAUGCUUGGGUGGACGCUAAUGAGAAAAAACGCAGGAUGAAAGCCAAGAAAGCAAAGAGUAAGAAGCAUAAAAAACAAGCAGCUGCUAGAAAUCUGGAUGGUGGCCACCAGUUGAGUGAGGAUUUGAAAGAAUAG